GGCAAGUUUGCCAGAUCUGGGGCUGCAUCAUCGUUCAGCACAUCUGGAAGUGGUUUAUGGGCUCUCAUUCCUUUGGUGCCGCGUCUGGACUCUGUGCUAUUCCUCAGCAGCAGGGAGAGAAAAGAAAACCAGCACAACUCCAAAGUAAACUUUGAAGAGUUUGAAAAAGGAAUUGAAUCUUAAAACUGUUUCUGUGCCCUGUAAGGCCCUUGUACAGGGGACUUUAAAGGAAGACGAUGGGCAAGGAAGCUUUGGCAAGAAUGCUGACAGCUGUGGGCUAUCUAGGAUCCAAGUAAAAAGCUCUACAGCUCUUCAGGAGAAAGGAGUCCCGAUUACUGUGCUGCUUUGAAGAGCAGACCACAGUUCUUAUCCAACAGAACACAUGGCUCUUUUAAAGAAAAUUAACCAGAUCUUACUGUUACUUCUUAUAUUAACCGUGUGUGCAAUCCUGUACAACAAAGUUCACAAAGCACCAUCUGCCUUAAGGAAUGAAGCAGGUGAGUUGGAGAGUCCUAAGGAAAUGGAGGAAGAAAUCCCAGUUGUAAUCUGCGCUGCUGCAGGCAGAAUGGGUGCAACUGUAGCAGCAAUCAGUAGCAUCUACAGCAACACAGAGGCUAAUGUUUUGUUCUACGUAGUUGGACUGAAGAACACCAUCCCACAUAUUCGAAAAUGGAUUGAAAAUUCUAAACUAAAAGAAAUAAAAUUUAAGACUGUGGAAUUCAACCCCAUGGUACUGAAAGGAAAAAUCAGACAAGAUGCAUCGCGUCCUGAGCUACUGCAGCCUCUGAACUUCGUUCGAUUUUACCUUCCUUUGCUUAUCCAGAAACACGAGAAAGUCAUAUAUUUGGAUGAUGAUGUCAUUGUUCAAGGUGACAUUCAGGAACUCUAUGAUACAAAGCUGGCUCCUGGCCAUGCUGCGGCUUUUUCAGAUGAUUGUGAUCUCCCUUCCACGCAUGAGAUGGUUAGAAGUGUUGGGAUGCAGAACACAUACAUGGGAUUUCUGGACUAUAGAAAGCAAGCAAUUAGAGACCUUGGCAUCAGCCCCAGCACCUGCUCCUUUAAUCCUGGCGUAAUUGUUGCUAACAUGACUGAAUGGAAAAAUCAGCGGCUCACAAAGCAGUUGGAAAAGUGGAUGCAAAGAAAUGUAGAGGAAAACCUCUACAGCAGCACCCUUGGGGGAGGUGUGGCGACCUCUCCAAUGCUGAUUGUAUUUCAUGGAAAGCAUUCCACUAUUAAUCCUAUGUGGCACAUACGGCAUCUCGGUUGGAGUCCUGAUACCCGGUAUUCAGAGCAUUUUCUCCAAGAAGCUAAAUUACUUCACUGGAAUGGGAGAUAUAAACCUUGGGACUAUCCCAGCGUUCACACUGAUCUCUGGGAAAACUGGUUUAUCCCUGACCCUUCAGGGAAGUUCAAAUUAACGCGUCCUGACAGCUGAUAAUGAAAACACUUCAACAUAUUCAGACCUUUUGGUUUGCAGUAUGCAAAUAGUUGGUGAUGCAACACAUCAAAUCGUAUAACUAACUGAUUUUAGAAAAAUGUUGCUUAAAUAUUGCCAUGAAACGACUAUCAGUUUUGAGGGCUUAUGGGUGGUAUGUUAGUUACACAGUUCAAUUUUUUUUUUUUUUUUUUUUAAAUUUUCAAAUAAAGUGAGGAAACAAGUUUAUUUUACAAUGAGGUAUUUUCAUUAAAUAUUUACUAAGGUGAAGUCAGAUAAUGUGUUUCAAUGUGAAGUCAAGUAUCUGCCAGGAGGAGAAAAAUCUACAGAGGAAAUAACUUGAUAUUAAAUACAAGGUGUCUUUAGUCUAUCAGCUGACAUGGAGCAGCUCAAAAUUAAAACUCAGGCAGCAUUUUAAUAAGUAGAAUUCAGCUGCAUGAUGAUCAUUUUGCAGAGUUUUUCUCUGCAGAACACUGUAUUCAUGCAGUCAGUGUAUGACAUAGUCUGUAGCUCUGUAGAGUAUUUAGGCCACCGCUAGCAGGAUGUAAAAGGACACUCAAAGACACUGUGAUACAAUUCCUGAUUUUAUUGUGAAACAGGGAGAGAUUUAAGACAGAUUAAGAACCUCUGGAUUACUGUAAUGAAAAGAGCACCGGUCCCAAGGGAGUACACAAACUGCAGUACUGAGUGAAAAGGUCAUUAUACAUGUAACUGUAUUUUACACCUAGUAGGUGCCUCUGUUCCAAAAGGGACCUUUCCCUUCAACUCAAACAGGAGAGCAGUACAGUAGUUCUGUACUACUGUGCUAUCUCACCAGCAGUGAGAGUUACAUGCUUCUAACUUUGCUGAAAAAUAAAAUUGAAUUGUAACAAA